GUCGAAUGGUGACACUCGGACCUGAUAUAAGGAAAUUAAUAUCAAACACAGAACUUCUUUCUGCAAUGAACAACAAAGAACGGGAUGCCUGGAUUGCAUUUAAGGCAAUAAUUUCAAAGUUUCUAGGAAUCAAUAAAAAUCCAGAUUAUAAAGAAAUAGUAGAGAACUUGUUAAUUAAGUACCGUGAACUGGGCUGCAAUAUGAGCCUCAAGGAACACUUUCUGAACUUGCACUUGGAUUACUUUCCUGAAAAUCUAUGGGUUGUAAGUGAAGAACAAGGUGAAAGAUUCCAUCAGGACAGUAAGGAAAUGGAAAGAUAUCAGGGACGAUGGGAUGUCAGUAUGAUGGCAGAUUACUGUUCAAUGAUGCACAGGGACAUUCUAAAUGCAGAACGUAAGAUAAGGUCCACAAAACACAGUUUUAGGGGAAAAAGACCAGAACUGAUAAGCACCAAAGCUAAUUAGUGGUUUAUGGUGUAUUUUUGUACCCAUAUGUGUUAAUAAACUGAAAUUAGUAACUUUUUCUGCAUUAAAAUAAAUUAAAACUUUAUUAUACAUGUGUAUAUGUUUUUGUGAAUUUUUGAUAAAACUUUGUAAAGCCUUUGUAUCAAAAUGUUACAUGAUGGAAACAUUUGAGAGAUUGUUUUUAUUGUUGUUAUCGAAACCGUGUUGUUGUUUAUGUAUUAUAUACUGGCACAAUGAAGUGACUGUUUAAUCAACACUUGGCAAGU